AUGACUUCUCCUUUUAGUUCUUGUAUUAUUCAGUUUUUUCUUCUUCAUCUGCUGCUUCUUUUCUUCUUUAUUUCUGUCUCCGAUGCUCAAUUACCAUCCCCUGCUGCUGCUAGACCUACCAGUAUAGUCUUCGAUACUGACAGAGAUCCAUUAACCCGCCAAUACAUCAUCAAUAUUAACCAAGGAACUCCUUUGGCUGAAAUAAAACUAGUCCUCGAUCUCGGGGGGAAGUUACCUUGGCUCCGAUGUAACGAAGGCUACACGUCAUCGUCGUACAAACCAGUCAAGUGCACGUCAUCCAAAUGUGCACUAGCUAGCAAACCUAUCAAAUGCGCAUUGUGCAAUGGCACUGCGCCUCAUAACACUUGGUGCCAUAAAAAUGCUUGUAUCGUUCUUACAAGCAACCCAGUAACUCAGGCUGUCGUACCUGGUGAGCUAAUCUCAGAUUUUGUCACUGUUAAUUCUAAUGAAUGGUUGUCAGAGAAACCUGCUCUGACUGUUCCGCCUCGCCGGUUUGCUUUUGGGUGUGCAACUACUAGUAAUUCCUUACAUGGACUUGCUAAAGGUGCUCAAGGGGUGGCUGGUCUAGGACGUUCAUCUGGUCUUUCUCUAGUUUCACAGUUUUCAUCUGGGUUUCGAUUUCCUCGUAUAUUUGCUCUGGAUUUUGGAUCACGUAGCACAGAUGGUAAGAUUUUCUUUGGUGGUGGACCUUAUGUCUACUCGUAUCCUUAUGAUAAUGAUUUGAGGCAGUAUUACUUAUCUUACACCCAACUCUUGAUUAACCCAAAAAAUAGUGAAGAUUAUUUCAUUGACGUCAGAUCAAUCAAGAUACACGGUGAAACGGUACCAAUAAUCCAUAAAAGAUUGUUGUCCAUUAACAAGACAACCGGAGUUGGAGGAACGAAAGUAGACUUUCAAACUCCUUACACUAUUCUACAUAGAUCAAUCUACAAGGCCAUUACGAAGGUUCAUAUCAAAUGGGCUAAAUCUAUGAAUAUUACUAUGCUUCCUCCUGUUGCACCCUUUCGUACAUGCUAUAAUGUAUCCACAAUACCUAGCUGGCCCCUGGAGGGAGACUCGGUGCCACCCAGUAUCACUUUCAUGUUUCCCAAAAAUGAACUGAGAACCAUUAGUGAUACGGUAUGGAUUGAAGGGACUGAUGCCAGUUGUUUGGCAUUCAUUGAUGGAGGUUUGAAUCCUAAGACUUCCAUUGUUAUUGGCGAUUAUAAUUUAAAUUUCUUCGUAGAGUUUGAUAUUUCAAGAUCAAGAUUUGGGUUCACGCAACCAUUGUUUCCUUGA